AUGGCGACUGGCUCAUCCGAAGAGAUCAGUUCCCAAGGAAAGUACUGCCUCUACCCACAGUUUGAUCCGGACUAUCCCGAAACAAUAUGGGUUGAUAAGCAUUGUUGCGAUACCUCAGUUCAGCGGAAUUACAUCGAAAGUUACAGUAGAUACUUCGUGGAGAGGGCUUCUAUUCUCUGGUUCUCUGCCAUCAGCUUCUAUUUAUGGAAACUUUUAACGUCUAUGCGUCGUGAGGUAUCUCGCUAUCAGUUUCAUAAGUACAGUGCCUUUGUGUGGGGCACAUCUGCCCUUUUGACAGGAAUAAUUUAUGUAAUGAAUCUAGUUUGGGAGAAAGAUCUAAGUAAAUGGAACUGGAUGCCCUUAGUGGGCUAUGCUGAAUGCACGGUGAAAGUUUCGCGUCUGUCUGCAUGGAUUUACAUUUUGGGACCACAUCUGAUCCUCGCCACUUUUAAUAUGAUCAUGUUUAUUCUGACGACUAUUCACAUUAGAAAAACCAGCAGGGAACUGCAAAGAUUUAAACAAAAUAGGGAAAAUACAAUCACCUGCUUGAGUUUUGACUACGAGACUUACCUAAUGUUUUUGCGGCUUUCUGUCAUCAUGGGCGCUGCUUUUAUCCUGGAUUUCACUAUUUUGGUCAAAGACAGUUUUUUGGACCCGGUUUUUGUGGUUACCUCAGUUUUCGAUAACCACUUUGGAGUUUUUAUUUUCGUUCUGCUUAUCCUAAAACGCAGCACCCUAAAACUGCUUAUGGAGCGAUUCCGGGCUUGCCGGUAG